GGCACGAAACCACGGAAGUCUUGUUGGACACCAUGCAUGAGUGACUUCAUACGGCGCCGCCAUCUUUGAUUUUAGCUCCAAGUUUUGAAGAUCAUACUAUUAUUGGAUUGGGAUUGUAUGUUGUAAUUGUCAAAAUGUCGUUAAUAUGCACAAUCAGUGGAGAAGUGCCAGAUCACCCAUGCAUAUCCCAAGUAUCUGGAUGUGUAUUUGAACGAAGAUUGCUUGAAAAAUAUGUCCAAGAGCAUGGUGUCGACCCUACAUGCAACGAACCUAUUUCACCGGAACAGAUAAUUGAUAUAAAGACUCACUCAGUGAUCAAGCCCAAACCACCUUCUGCAACAAGUAUCCCAGCUAUAUUGAAGUCCUUACAAGAUGAGUGGGAUGCUUGCAUGCUGAAUUCAUAUACAUUGAGACAGCAGUUACAAACUACAAGACAAGAACUUGCACACGCUUUGUACCAGCAUGACGCUGCGUGUAGAAUGAUUGCUAGAUUGACUAAAGAAGCAACAGCUGCUCGUGAGGCUUUGGCGACUCUGAAACCACAAGCUGGCAAUAUUGGGCAACCAAUGCCUCAAGUUCCAGCGCCGCAACAAAUGGCUGUCGAUGAGAAAAUGGAAUAUGAUGGCGAACCUAUUGGUCUCACUGAUGACAUCAUACAGAAGUUGAUGGACAAAGCCGGCGUUCUGACAACAGAACGUAAGAAACGUGGAAAACACGUACCUGAAGGACUGGUUGGCACGGAUGAUAUUAGAAAUUAUAGACAGGUUGCCUCCCACCCUGGUCUUCACUCAGCUUCUGUUCCCGGGAUUCUGUGUUUGGAUAUUUGUGCUUCUGAUAACAACAGAGUGAUCACUGGAGGGGCAGACAAGACAGCAGUUGUAUUUGAUAAGGAGAGUGAGCAAGUCAUCAGCACUUUGAAAGGUCAUUCUAGGAAGGUCUCUCAUGUCAUCUACCAUCCUACUGAGGAUAUUGCCUUCACAUGCUCUCCUGAUUCUACAAUUCGUAUCUGGUCGGUUCAAAAUGGACGCUGCUCAACUGUCAUCAGGACACACAAGGCUGCAGUGACUGGUAUAAGUUUGCAUGCAUUGGGAGAUUAUCUUCUAAGCUGUAGUGAAGAUCAACAUUGGGCAUUCAGUGACAUCAGGAGCGGAAAAGCUUUGUGUAAAGUAACGGAUGAUGCUAUGGGAAGUGCUCUCACUUGUGCUCAGUUUCAUCCUGAUGGUUUGAUCUUUGGAACCGGAACACAGGACAGUCAGAUUAAGAUUUGGGAUUUGAAGGAAAGGACAAACGUUGCAAACUUCCCUGGACAUUCUGGACCAAUCACAGACAUCGCUUUCUCAGAGAAUGGUUACUAUCUGGCAACUGCUGCAGAUGACUCUGUCGUUAAACUCUGGGAUUUGAGAAAACUGAAGAACUUCAAGACAUUGACCAUGGAUGAUAGAUAUGAGAUCAAGUCAUUGACGUUCGAUAAAUCAGGAACCUACUUAGCAGUUGCAGGAACCGAUAUCCGUGUAUACUUUUGCAAACAAUGGCAGGAACUGAGGAAUUUCACUGAGCACGGAUCCGUCGCCACUGGAGUAAAGUUCGGCCAAAAUGCAAGCUUCAUUGCUUCCUGCAGCAUGGAUCGUACUUUGAAGUAUUAUGGCAUAGUGUGAAGACUUCUGUGUGAGACUCAAAAUGAAGUUUAACAAUAACUAUUCCAUUUUUGUGGUGUAAGCAAUGCAAAGACGUCAUCCACUCCAGAAAGACUCUUACGGUUUCAUGCUGUACAUAUGAACACUGACGCUACUACAUUUUAGGAUUUUAAUCUAGGGAUAAGGCCAUACUAAAGUCGAAAUCCAUAAAAUAUGAUGCAAUGAACUGCUAGUAACAUGAAUGAUGUGACAUAUUAGCAUUUGUAAUUAUUAUAGACCUGCCAUUUUUCACAAGUAUUUCUAAAUUUAAAACGCUGUAUGAAGUAAUAUUCUUGGUUGGUCUUAUUUGUUGUGACUUGAAAACUAUUUAGCUUUUCUGGUUUCAGACUACAUUCUUCAAUACCAAGUUCGGGAAGGUCAAAUAUGGAAGAAAUAUUGUAAGAAUGUUUCCUAUUUAGAUAGUGUUGUACAAAAGUGUUUAUUCUGGGUAAAUUAUUUUCUAAAUUGUCAUUAGACUUGGUACAAUUUGAACCAUUGUUGUCUAUUUACUUUAGAAUGAAUUUUUGUUUUGAUACUUAUUCAGUUGCAUUUGAAAAGAAAGUUUUUCAAAGGCACACAUCCCCAGAAACAAUAUAACUGCCAAAUCCCAUAUAAACUUCCUAGUAAAGCUAGUAUUUAGUCUUAUUUUGUAAUUUUCCACUGAACAUGUUAUGGGUUUCUGCAUGAUGAAGUUAUUUGAAUUUUUCUUUCAAAACUACCGUAGUUCUGAUUCUGAUUGUUCUGUGGAAUUAUAAUUAAAUCCAAUCUUUGUUGAGAUCUUAA